AUGCAAAUGACGAAAUAUGCAGUGGCGAAGGAGACGCUAGAUGGACAAGUGAAAUUAAAGAGGAUCGAGGAGCAGGAGAAGGCCCGCAUUGUGGAGAAGGAGAAGGAGUAUAUGCGAGGUGUGUGGGAAGAAGUGGAGAAGGAGAGGAGGAGGACGGCAGAGGAAGUCGCUGCUAAAAAUGUGGAGAAUCGACGACGUAUGGAUGAGUUCGCCUUGCGAACUAAGGAAGCUCGUGAUGCGGAGAAGGAGAGGGAAGGAAUUCAGGAUAAGCAAUUUAUAUUAAAUGUUCUCGCGGAUGAGAAGAAGCUGGCGGAGAAGGAGGGGAUGGAGAGAGCUCUCAGGAUUAGGCAGCAACAUGAAGCAUCUGAUGGGCUCUGGGAUGUGUACUCAGCACAGGAGGCGGCAGUGAUAGCGCAGACAGCUAAGAUCUCGGGAGAGAGCCCAGCCAAGGCACUGGUCCAGGCUGCCCUAGUAGAGCAAGAGAACCGUCGAGUGAGCAGCGAUAAUGUGACGGUUAUAUGUGUGUAUUUUACGGACGAUUAA